AUGUCUGCCAAAGAAUCUCAACCCGAUUACACUAUCGCCAACCCUGAAGUUGUCGAAAAAUAUAAGACUGCAGGUGCCAUCUCCAACAAGGCGAUGGCUCAGGUAAGAGCCGCCAUUAAGGACGGAGCCACUGUGUUUGAGUUGUGUGAGCUUGGAGACAAGGUGAUGAACGAGGAACUUGCGCUCAUUUACUCGUCGAAGAAGUCCAAAGUGUCUAAGGGCAUUGCAUUCCCAACUUGUGUUAACCCUAACAAUAUUCCUGCUCAUUUGUCUCCAGAAGAUGCCGAAGAUCUGGCUAACUUGACUUUGAAGGACGGAGAUGUUGUCAACAUUAUGCUUGGUGUUCAGGUGGAUGGUUUCCCUGCCAUCAUUGGAGAGACCACUGUGGUUGGAGAGUCCAAAGAGAAUCCAGUUACUGGCCAGAAGGCUGACUUGCUUCAGUCCGCAUGGAACUGCUCCGAAGCUGCUAUCAGAACUUUCAAAGCUGGUAACAGAAACUGGGACAUCACUAACAUUGUCGACAAGGUUUCCAAGGACUUCGGUACAGUUCCAGUCCAGUCUAUGUUGACCCAUAACCAGGAACGUAACGUCUUGUAUGGACCUAAAGAGAUCAUCUUGAACCCUGCCAAGGAGCACAAGAAUAAGAUGGAUGUACACAGAAUCGAGGAGCUCGACGUUUACGGAUUGGACAUUUUGAUUUCAACUUCCACUGAGGGUAAAGUCAAGAAGUCUCAGUUCAAGACCACAUUGCACAAGUUGACCGGAAACAACUACUCAUUGAAGUUGAAGUCCUCGCACCUGGCUUUGAAGGAAUUUAAGGAGAAGGUUGACGGUCUCUUUCCUGCCAACGUGAAGAUCUUUGAGAACCCAAGAAAAGUGAGAGUUGGUUUGAUCGAAUGUAGCAACCACGAAAUCGUGUUGCCUUACGAUAUCAUGGAAGAGAAGCAAGGUGAAUACGUUGCUCAGUUCUUCACCACUUUUGCUGUUACUAAGGCAGGUAUUGUCAAGUACACCAGCCCUUCGUUUGACACUGACUUGUAUAAGUCCGACAAGUCCGUGCAAGAUGAGGAAAUUGCUAAGUUAAUUGCUACGCCUUUGCCUUCGCCUAAGAAGAAGUCCAAGAAGAAGCCAGCCAAGACUGCUGCUUGA